AUGGUGAGUGUGGUAGACGUGAGAAUAUGCAGAGGGCGUGAGUGUGAUGCAAGACUCGCUAGAUGCCGCACUUCAUUCCUGACCCCAGAGCUGGUGAGGGCCACAGUUCAGGUUGCCUCCACUACGUCUCUCAAGGGAUUCUAUGUCGUAUUCCAGGGUGCGCCAGAUGAGUGCCUGCUGAGUGCCUUGGAGGCCGGCGGGUUGGGCGCCAGACUGCUGUCGAGUGCAGGGCGGUGGAGGAGUACCCUUGAGCGUGUUCCCUACGGCGCGGCUUCUCAACACCUGUUCAUUGGGAACCUCACCUGGAUUGCCAACAUGGUAUCACAGAGAACCUCAUGGGUGUGGGUGGUGACGCUGUCCACCAACAUCACACAACCAGACAACAGUGGUGCGCCCGAGCCUUCCUCCAGCCUCACCUUUAGGAACGCGACGCAAGUGGUGAACAGCCGCGCUAAAGGCAUGCUAAAGGGCGUCCUACUGAUGCAGGAGCAACACGAGACAUCCUUACUGGCUUCGUCGUCUUCCCCAGGGAGAACCUUCCUCACUAACUCUCCGAAACCUGCUAAGGAAGUCUCGAGCGGCCAUCGUGUACAUGUGGGCGGGAUGAUGCCGCGGCGGGACUGGUUCUGGGAGUUGACUCUCGUGGGAUCCUACGUCACUCAUAACCUCAGCCUCUUCAAGCCUCUCUGGCCACAGACAUCCUACGAUUUCCACGGAGGAAACAUUUACAUCGCCUUCUCACAGAAAGCCGGGACCAUUGAGAACCGAGUCAACACUGACGUGAUGGACGCGCGAGGAUACCUGGCUGACAUGCUGAAGAUCGUGAUGGAAGCGCUCAACGCGACGGGCGUCCUGCGGCUGACCCGAGGCGCCGGCGGCAAGGACCGUACGGGGACCUGGAACGGAGUCAUAGGAGUCGUUGUGAGAGGCGAGGCGGACAUCGGCGCGGUGGACUUCAUGCCAAACCACCAGAGGAAGGAGGUAGUGGACUUCAGCGUAGCCAUCGGUCAGGACCCGGUCAUCAUCUUCUCCAGUGCCCCCUACAUAAUCAUCAAGCCAAUGCUCCUCCUGCAGAUAUUCUCCCCCGAGGUGUGGGCGUGCCUCGCGGGGGCGGUGCUCGGGGGCGGGGCGGUGCUGAGUUGGCUGAGGUGGGUGGAGUCCAGCCUCACACCCACCACCUCUGACAUGAGCCGCCUUCCCUCCAACGUGAUCUUGGUCUUCAAAAUGCAAGUCUUUCAAAGCUCUCAAGGACUGCCGCCCGGAUCAUCAGCCAGGCUCCUUGCGGGCUUCCUCAUGCUCGUAGCUCUGUGCAUCGGCUCUGUCUACAGCGGCUCUAUCACGGCCUUCCUUGUCAUUCCGUUCCGAUCGAGCCCCAUCAACUCUGUCGAGGAGAUGCUGGACUCUGAUGUGAUUCCCUGCGGCAGGAGUAAGACCAACACCGUCGCCAACAUCAUCAACAAUCCGACUGGGGCACUGUUCAGCGUGCGCCACCUGGUGAGGAUCAUGGGCGGGGAGGAGCUCAACACACAACAGUACAUGGACCAGGUGGCAAAAGGGACGUAUGCCAUCAUCGACACGCUGAGCUCCGCCAUGGGUCGCGCGAACAAGUUCACUCGACAAGGAGACCGCUGUAAGUACCACACCAGCAGGGAGAACAUUCAGGUCAACUUGGACACCAUUGCGCUCGCCAGGAACAGUCGCUAUACCUCCCGCAUCAACGCUGUGUGAGUACUGCGUCCACCACUUCCCCCCUUCGUUAUUUCCCUUGAAGUCGCUAGGAUACAUAA